GAAGAUGAUGGGCCUGAACAACGCUGUACACUGGGUGGCUGGUUUAUCACUGGGUUUGUCCAACUCUCCAUCUCUCGUUACAGCUCUAACCGGCAUAAUUGAAGUAUGGCCAGGUCCUGAUGCAUAGCAACGUUUUCAUUAUCUGGCUUUUCCUGUCUAUUUAUGCAGUGGCAACAAUUAUGUUCUGCUUCCUGGUGUCAGUUCUCUACUCCAAAGCAAAGUUGGCAUCUGCAUGUGGCGGAAUCAUCUACUUCCUGAGCUAUGUGCCCUAUAUGUAUGUGGCAAUCAGAGAGGAAGUGGCUCACGAUAAGAUCACUGCCUUUGAGAAGUGCAUAGCUUCACUUAUGUCUACAACAGCCUUUGGUCUUGGCUCAAAGUACUUUGCUCUGUACGAGGUGGCUGGUGUCGGGAUCCAGUGGCGCACGCUCAGCCAGUCCCCGGUGGAAGGAGAUGACUUUAAUCUCAUGUUGUCCAUGAUGAUGUUGGUUAUAGAUGCUGUGGUGUAUGGAAUCCUGACCUGGUACAUUGAGGCUGUUCAUCCAGGGAUGUAUGGUCUUCCCCGACCCUGGUACUUUCCCUUGCAGAAAUCCUAUUGGUUGGGCAGCGGACGCAUAGAAACCUGGGAAUGGUCCUGGCCUUGGUCUCGCCCUGCCCGUCUGAGCAUCAUGGAAGAAGAUCAAGCUUGCGCCAUGGAAAGUCGCCGUAUGGAGGAAACGCGAGGAAUAGAGGAGGAGCCAGCCACUUACCGCUAGUUGUGUGCAUUGACAAACUCACCAAAAUCUACAAGACCGGGAAAAGCUGGCACUCAACAAACUAAGUCUUAAUCUGCACGAGAACCAAGUUGUUUCCUUCUUGGGUCAUAAUGGAGCUGGCAAAACUACUACAAUGUCUAUUCUAACUGGCCUCUUCCCCCCAACCUCUGGAUCUGCCACUAUUUACGGGUAUGACAUCCGUACGGAGAUGAACGAAAUCAGGAAGAGCAUGGGGAUGUGUCCACAGCACAAUGUACUCUUCGACAAGCUGACUGUAGAGGAGCAUCUGUGGUUCUAUUCCAGACUUAAAGGGAUGGCUGAAGACGAGAUACGCAGAGAGAUGGACAAGUACGUAACAGCCAGUUGUGCUGAGAUCAGAAAUCUCCAUUUAGGACUAGAUUACAUGUGAUACGCUAAUUGUUGCACGCGGGCGAAAAGGGGUUUAUCGUGGCUUUUUGCACAUGUCGGAAGUAGUGCGUGUAUUACAAGUUGAAUGUAAACUCUUUUGCUUGAGCUCAAUUUAAUUUAACGGG